ACUCAUCUACAACUACUUGCUUGUUUACUCUCUGUCUAUAUAUUGCUCCUCCUUCACACUCUUUCUCUGAUCAAAUUACCAGCAAAAUGGCUUUCUUCGUUUGCUUUAUUUUCUUUCUGAUUUCAUCUGCAACUGCUUGUGAUCGUUGCGUGCACCAAACCAGGGCUGCCUAUUUCUCUAAAGCAUCAGCACUUUCAUCUGGGGCUUGUGGGUAUGGGUCCUUGGCAUUAGGCUUCAACGGUGGAAACCUUGCAGCUGGGGUUCCUUCCCUUUACAAAGAUGGAGCUGGCUGUGGAGCAUGCUUUCAGAUAAGAUGCAAGAACACAACUCUUUGUAGCAGAGAAGGGACCAGAGUGAUUUUGACCGACCUCAAUAACAAUAACCAAACAGACUUUGUUCUCACCAGCAGAGCUUUCACGGCUAUGGCUCAAAAGGGUCUGGACCAGCACAUUUUGAAGCUUGGGAUUGUAGACGUGGAAUACAAGAGGGUGCCUUGUCAAUACAAGAAUCAAAAUUUGGCCGUGAGAGUAGAGGAAUCAAGCCAGAAGCCAAACUACUUGGCCAUCAAAUUUCUGUAUCAGGGUGGUCAAACAGAAAUUGUUAGUGUUGAUGUAGCUCAGGUUGGUUCUUCGAACUGGGGUUUCUUGAGUCGAAAUCAUGGGGCGGUGUGGGACACAAGCAGAGUGCCGUCGGGGCCGCUGCAAUUCCGGUUGGUAGUGACGGCCGGGUACGACGGGAAGUGGAUUUGGGCACGGAAAAAUGUCCUUCCGGCAGACUGGAAAACGGGGGUGAUAUAUGAUUCAGGAGUUCAAAUCAACGAUAUUGCACAGGAGGGUUGCUCUCCAUGUGAUGAUGGGAAUUGGAAAUGAGAGAUCUUUUUGUCACUGCUACUGUGAAUACAUAUAUUUAUAGGUCUUGAUUGGUUGGUUUAUUUAGAAGUUUAGGAAAUACAAACUUCAUAAAUAAUUUGGAAUGUACGUUUUGGACAAUUCCUUACGUGUCACAUACAAUGUUCUUGAUGUCAUGUCUAACAUAUUUCUUUCAAUGUUAUAAUCAAGUAUUCCA